ACCACCAUUUUUUUUUGUCAAGAGAGAGAGAAGACGGAGACAACAAUGGCGGAAGCGAAGGAGGAGAAUAGGGAGAAAAACGAAGAAGAAGAGAGCGUAAAGCUUUUCGUCGGACAAAUUCCGAAACAUAUGUCGGAAUCUCAACUCUUAACAUUGUUUCAAGAGUUCGCUGUCGUAGACGAGGUCAAUAUCAUCAAGGACAAGAUUACACGCGCCUCUCGAGGAUGUUGUUUUCUGCUAUGUCCAUCGAGAGAAGAAGCAGAUAAGUUGGUCAAUGCUUGCCAUAACAAGAAGACAUUGCCUGGGGCAUCCAGUCUAUUGCAAGUAAAGUAUGCAGAUGGCGAACUGGAAAGGCUAGAGCAUAAGCUCUUUGUUGGUAUGCUUCCAAAGAAUGUCUCUGAAGCUGAAGUUCAAUCUUUAUUCUCCAAGUAUGGGACCAUAAAAGAUCUACAGAUUCUAAGAGGUGCUCAACAAACAAGCAAAGGCUGUGCUUUUCUUAAGUAUGAGACAAAAGAACAAGCUGUUUCUGCCAUGGAAUCCAUCAACGGAAAACAUAAAAUGGAGGGUUCGACUGUUCCUUUAGUUGUCAAAUGGGCAGACACAGAACGAGAAAGACACACAAGAAGACUUCAAAAGGCUCAAUCUCACAUCGCUCGAUUAUCUAACGCUGAUCCAACAAAUCCCUCAUUGUUUGGAGCAUUACCUAUGGGUUAUGUUCCACCAUAUAAUGGAUAUGGUUAUCAUCAGCCUCCUGGAACUUAUGGUUACAUGCUACCACCAAUUCAGAACCAAGCUGCAUUUCCCAAUAUGAUUGCACAACCAAACCAAGGUAAUAACAAUGCAUUGCAAGGAACAUCGCCUGACUCUGUGCCACCUCGUUUGGCCCGUAGAAACUUUCCUAUGCCUCCUGCAAACUACAUGGGAUCUGGUUAUCCUGCUGUACGAGGUCAUCCUUUUCCAUUUGCUUAUCCCAGAGGAAUUGUGAGUCCUCGCCCUCUAAGUAGCUCUCCUGGAUCCAUAUCACCUGGCAUUGCCAACAGUGGCAUGUCAACAACACCUUUAGGAAUUGGUUUGAGUUCCGUGGUUCAAACCGAAGGUCCGGAAGGUGCAAAUCUGUUUAUCUAUAACAUACCUCGGGAAUUUGGGGAUCAAGAACUCGCUGCUGCAUUUCAACCUUUCGGUAUUGUUCUGAGCGCCAAGGUUUUUGUAGACAAAGCCACUGGCGUAAGCAAAUGUUUCGGUUUUGUUAGUUAUGACUCACAAGCAGCCGCGCAGAACGCUAUUGACAUGAUGAAUGGUCGCCAUUUAGGCGGUAAGAAAUUGAAAGUCCAACUUAAGAGAGACAACAACAAUGGCCAACAGCCUUCCUUAAUCUCCUAAAAGGCUAAAACUCCUCUCUUCAACUUGAAAGCUCAUAACAGAAAAAAAAAAAAAAAAAAACAUAUUCAGGCUAAUGGGUCGACCCGGUUCAAAGAUUUGGACCGAUCUUGAUUGGAUACAUCUGUAUAAAAUCCAAAUCUCAUU